AUGAAAGCCAGAUCACCAUUUUCCACUUCCAGGAAUUAUUAAUCAAAUCAACGCAGUUCCACUAUAAGUAACCCUCCAAGUUCACACGUUUAUCCAUCGUCUAAAAGUAGCUGAAUAUCCCAUAUCUUCCUCUGAAGUCUGAAACUUCGUUUCCCAAACGCUUGACCUUCUUGAAAUCUCACAAAAAAUGACUGCAUUUAAGUCCUUAGCAGCUAUUUCUAUGCUUCUUGCAAUGUCAUUAACAGUUUCCGAGAGCAGGGUUCAAAGGAAGGACUUGAGUGUGGAUCUUGGGGGCAUAGGACUUGGUGUUGGAGCUGGUUUAGGUAUUGGCUUAGGUGGUGGCAGUGGUUCAGGGGCUGGAGCUGGUUCUGGUUCCGGUUCUGGUUCUGGGUCCAGUUCAAGCUCAAGUUCAGCUUCAUCCUCCUCCAGUUCAAGUUCUGGAUCUGGUGCGGGUUCUGAAGCAGGUUCAUAUGCUGGGUCUUAUGCAGGAUCACGAGCAGGUUCAAGUUCUAGAGGCUCCGGUUCGGGUUCCGAGGCAGGUUCAUCUGCCGGUUCCUACGCUGGGUCUCGAGCUGGUUCAGGAUCAGGUGGCGAUCAAAGAGUUGACUCCGGAUCCGGCUCUGGACACGGUGAGGGAUAUGGCGAAGGUUCUGGCAGGGGCAGUGGCUCUGGCAACGGGAAGGGAUAUGGUGAGGGCCGUGGCCAUGGAUCAGGAUAUGGCAGUGGGAGUGGCAAUUAAUGAAAAAAUAAAUAAAUAAUAAAAGUCGUUAGGUGUAUUUAAAUAAAUGUUCGAAGACUUUCUUCGACGCAUUUUCGGUUUCUUUACUAUGAAUAAAUAAGAGGGUUUUUGCUGCA